CAAAGAUGUCGUAACCAGCUGAACGUCAAAAGUGCAGUGACAACACUAACACUGACAAAAUAAUACAAGUAAUAAUCAAUUUCUAAUAUUAUGGGCGACGAAAACAUAAAUUCUAGUAAAAAAUGUGAUACAAAUAAGUGUAAUGUAUUGAUAAUUGGCGCCGGCAUGGCUGGAUUAUCUGCCGCCAAUUAUCUUCUGAAUAAUGGCAUGCAAGACUUUAAAAUAUUGGAGGCGAGAAAACGGAUCGGUGGACGAAUAAUUUCAAUACCAAUGAAAAAUCAAAACGUUGAACUGGGAGCCAAUUGGAUUCAUGGAGUACUGGGUAAUCCAAUUUUCGAAAUAGCAAUGGCCAACAAUCUUGUAAAUAUUAUAAACAUACCCAAGCCGCACAAGGUUAUAGCAGCAACAGAGGAUGGAAAACAAGUACCGUUUGGAGUACUUCAUGAGAUACAUGAAGCUUAUGUAUGUUUUCUAAGACGUUGCGAAGAGUACUUCUUAUGUCAGUAUUUACCUCCACCUGACAUUCACAGUGUUGGUGAACACAUCAAUUUAGAAGCUACCAUUUAUCUAGAACGAUUACCAUCGUCAGAAGAAAAGAAAUUGCGAAGACUUAUAUUCGACUGCCUGCUGAAAAGAGAAACCUGUAUAUCUGGAUGUAACAGUAUGGAUGAGAUAGACCUUCUAGAGUUGGGUAGCUAUACUGAGCUUCAAGGUGGAAAUAUCAUGAUACCCACAGGUUUCAGCUCUAUUUUAGAACCACUUACUAAAAAUAUUGCCCCUGAUAAGAUGUUGAGAGAUCAUGCUGUGAAAAAAAUAAUUUGGGAUUCAGAUGAACAUAGCUCACAAAGGUCACUAGAAGAUAUGGGUGAAGAGUCAGAAGACUCUGACCAGACGGUAAUUGAAGAUAUUUCCAAAACACCUGCCACAGAUAAAACUGUCAACCCUGGAGAAGGUACAUCAUUGACUGAUGUUACAAGAAAACCAAAGAAAAAGUACCCCAACUAUGUUGAAGUAGUAUGUGAGAAUGGACAAACUUUCUAUGCUAACCAUGUGAUAUGUACUAUUCCCUUAGGUGUGCUUAAAGAGAGUGCUACAAACUUGUUUGAACCAUCUUUACCACAAUACAAAAUGGAAUCACUUGACAGAUUAUUAUUUAGCACUGUAGAUAAAAUAUUCCUAGAAUAUGAUAGACCAUUUUUAAAUCCAGAGAUUACAGAGAUUAUGUUGUUAUGGGAAAAUUCACCAACACCUGAGGACAUAUCUGAUUCAUGGUAUAAAAAAAUAUACUCAUUUAGUAAAGUAUCAGAAACCCUAUUACUGGGGUGGGUGUCAGGCAAGGAAGCAGAAUAUAUGGAAACACUAUCUAACGAAGAAAUAAUAACUACUUGCACAAAGAUACUUAGGAAAUUUUUGAAUGAUCCAUUUGUUCCUGAGCCUCAGAAAUGUGUCUGUACAAGUUGGAAAAAGCAGCCUUAUACUAAAGGAUCAUAUACAGCUAUAGGUGUGGGAGCUAGUCAAAGUGAUGUUGAAAGUUUAGCACAACCAUUAUUCAGAAAUGUACAUGAUAAAAAGCCUGUCUUGCUCUUUGCUGGAGAGCACACACACAGCAGUUUCUAUUCUACCGCACACGGGGCAUAUCUAUCAGGCCAAAUAGCUGCUAGGCGCUUGCUGGCUCCAGAUGAGCCAGAGGAAAACUUCAUUGAAUGUCCUACUUCAUCAGACUUGAGCUCAUGGAUUCAAGGAAUACAGCUUGAGGGCUAGUUAUAUUUCAAAUGGUAUGUAGAAAAAGAAAGCUUCAUAAUUAUGAUGCACAGUGCCUAGGUACAAUAUUAUGCUCUCAUUGUAUUUACCCAUUAAAUGACAGAGGCUUUGCCUAGUUUACUCAUAAGAAUUGUGAUUUUGUUUAAUAUUGCUGUUAUUAGGAAAUAGUUUAGCCAUUAUUGUAUAAUAAUUAUUUCUGCUAUUAGAUAUAAAGUGAUCUUAUUAUUUAUUUAAUACAUUUAACUUUAAAAGUACUAUAUUUGUUAUUUCUUCAAAGAAAUUAAAAUUCAUAGCUCUCUUAAACAUUUUUAAAACCGCACUUAUACAGUACAAGAUUUUUGUAUUUUUUUGGCCAUGAUAUGCAUAAACUUAUUGAAAAAAUGAAUGAAAUGUUAAACAAUAAUGAACAAAAAGAUAACCAAAUGUAGUUUGAUUGAAAUAUAUGUUUUUCUCAUGUGAUUUAUUGGAGAAUAGCUCUAUUUUAAAACAUACCAGGGCUCAUAUAAUGUCACAACCAUCUACAAAAAUCGAAAAGUACAAAAUAAAGACAGCAAACGAAACAUUGAAAUAAAUUUUGUAAUAUCUACUAACCGUGGUACUAACAUAGGUCUCAAAAAAUCUGUCAAUCUAUUUCUCAGAUGGGCCACCCAUUGAUAAUUACGUUAAUAUUAUCUUUUAAAAGAUAAGCAACCUAUUUUUAAUAGACUACAAAAAGUUGCUCUGAUCCUUCUAAAUACAGCAUUAUGUUAACUAUAUCAAUGAGAAAUUAUUUGUUUAAAAUUCUAUCUUUUUUUGUAAAGCAAGAUAAGCUAGGAAGGUAAACAAGAAUUUAUUAUCAAAUUAUUCAGAACUACUAUAUUCCUAUUCCAAAUCAUCAGAUUGAAAGAGAAGAAAACUAAAGUUCCCACUUAUGAUUUUUCAAAACAAACCACUAUGAUAAUAAUAUUGUAGGUUAAUUGAAUAUCAGUGUGGAUAAGGGCUAAAUAUCUGAUACACAAAUAUACAAGCUAGUAGUCAAAUUACACAAGUGGUUUACUGUACUUUAAGAAAAACACAUUCCUCAUCACUUCUGUCUGUCUUUUUGCAAAGUUAUCGACUUCGCACGAUUAAAUUAAUUAUUAAUGACGAUACGCAAAAUUAAUUAUAAAUAUGCAUCGGCACCUGUACAGGUUAUAUAUACAUCAUGCUCAAUUUCUUUUUAUUAUGCUGGGUAAUAUGUACUAGGCUGUCUUAGAAAUGUGAUCAUCACUGUUAACCGAGAGUUGCUACCAAAGAUGUUUGUAGACCUCUUGUAUGUGGGAUGACAUUAGUGUUUGACUCUCCAGUAUAUUGGACAUUAGACAUUUGGUUUGUUUGUUUAUUUAUAUGAAAAUAAGAUGAAACCAAGAGGACCUAACAAUUUUAUUAUUAUUGCAACAUGACCUUUGAGUUGAUCAUCCAAAGUGAAAUAAAGUUGUUGCAAUAUUAUAGUAUUAUUUAUUUUUAAUAUAUAAUCUUUGAAUUAUGAAGAUGAAAAAAGAUGAAAAAAAAGAUAUGGCGAUAAACCUAUUGAAAUAUCAGAAAGAAAAAGUGUCCAAGCAAGCAAUGCAGAUUGGGAUGUACAUUAUUAUACCAGCUCGUAGCUAAUGUUCAGAUGCUGUGAGUUGGAAGUUGAUGCCUAAUCUUGGGUUUAAAUGUUUUUUUUAUAAUUGUUUGAUUUUAUGUAAAUAGAUAAAAUAAAUUAGGAAUUCUGGUCAAAAGAAUGAGAUUGGAAAUAUUAAAAAGUUGCAUUAUAUUGCAAACAAAAUUAACAAUUUUAAGAGUGUACCUACCCUAGCAAUUACUGUUAUCUAAAGCAUUUUCCGAUUUUAGACUAUUAAUUAUUAUUUAGGAUACAUAAUAUUCGAUUUUUCUAGUCAAUGCAAUGUUUUUUUAUCGCUUUAAUAAAUCAUCAAAUAAAA